UAAAUAGAAUUUUUAUAUACCAAAUGUACGAAAUAUAUUACCAUAUAUUUUCACGUACUUUUUGAAACAUAUCUUUUUCCGUGGGGGUUGAACAAUAUGUGGCUCUACGGGCACAAGUAUUUCUCGAAGAUUCCUUCGCAUUUCCAUUAAGUUACCCCGCUAUCUCUCACGAGCCAUCUCGGGCGACCUUUCGCAACAGAUGAGCCGAUGACGACCGCUCGACGCCGCUUAUCACGAGAAUUAUGCAACGUGCUCGGAGAUAACGUUACGCGCUUUUCGGUGCGCGCGUGCGGCCCGCUUGGCGCGAGGGGGAGGAGUGGGGUAGGCAGACACGCACGCUCGCCUCGCAUCUCGCCCGCCAGAUGACGCCAGUUCGCUGGACGCUGCCCGCGCGCUCGCGGUGUGGUGGGUUCUAGCCUCCAAUUUACUCGCCUCCGCGCUUGAGAAUUGACUCCGACGGCCCUUGGUAAUUGCGGCUCGCGCUCGCCCGACAAGUCCUGGAGUCGUCGCGAAUCGCCUCCCUGAUUGAUCGCGAUGACGCUGCAGGCGAUAAAAUGGAGCAAGGCGAACGGCGAGCUGGAGGUUCUGGAUCAGACGCUGCUGCCGGCAGCCACCCGCUACGUCCAGGUCAGAGGCGUCGAGGACGGCUGGCGGGUGAUCAACAAGAUGCAGGUGCGAGGCGCACCAGCCAUCGCUAUCGUGGGCAGCCUCAGUCUGGCGGUGGAGAUCCUUGGACAUCCGGACGCCUACGAGCACAAGGCGGCUCUUUGCCAGGCUAUCGAGACUCACCUGAGCCACCUGUUGACGGCGCGUCCCACCGCGGUCAACAUGAGGACUGCGGCCGACGAGCUCGUGCACCUGGCGAAUGAUCUCAGUGAGAACGCCACGUGCACGCUGUCCCAGAUGAGAGACAAAUUCGUAAACCAGAUAGACGAGAUGCUGAGGGCGGACGUGGCGGACAACAAGGCAAUCGGGAGUCUAGGAGCGCGCGACAUUCUGCGCGAUUUGCCGGAGGGGAGCCCCGUCAGUGUCUUGACCCACUGCAACACCGGCAGCCUCGCCACCGCGGGCUACGGCACGGCCCUGGGCGUCAUCCGAUCGCUUCACGAGUCGGGCAGGCUCGAGCGUGUCUACUGCACUGAGACCAGACCGUACAAUCAGGGCGCCCGUUUGACCGCCUAUGAGCUGGUGCACGACAAGAUACCGGCGACUCUGAUCUGCGACGACAUGGUCGCCGCGACGAUGAAAACGAAGCGGGUUGCCGCGGUGGUCGUCGGCGCGGACAGGAUCGCCGUGAACGGCGACACCGCCAACAAAAUUGGAACUUAUCAGAUUGCGAUUCUCGCCAAGUACCACCAUAUCCCUUUUUACGUGGCCGCACCACUGACGUCCGUGGACUUCCAAAUGCCCGACGGUGACGGCAUAAUCAUCGAGGAGCGAUCCGAGCGGGAAAUGACUCACGUAAAUAACGAGAGAAUCGCAGCGGAGGGCGUAACGUGCUGGAAUCCGGCGUUCGACGUGACACCGGCGAGUCUGAUCACCGGCAUAAUCACGGAAAUCGGUAUUUUCGAGCCGUCCGAAUUGAUAAAUGCGAAAGAGAUCGCACUCGCGAAGCGUAUCUCCCGUGAAGACGUCCCUUCGUAGACACAAAUGCGUCCGCGAGCGUUUAUGCGUGUAUUUACCAGUUGUAAACGGCGAGAUGCAUGACUGAUUUUACAUUCAAUUCUCUGCGAAAACAGUGCCAUGAAAAAUAUCCGUAUACUAUAAGACCUCAGGGAAGUUAAUUUUUUAUUGACUGUAGACCUUUGUAUUAAGGCUGCGUUCGGGGAGACGCUAUUAGCGCCGAGAGCACCGGUCCAUCUUCGUCGCUGUACGUCGAAGAAAGACAGAAGAUGCUUUUAGCGCUAAAAGCGCGCUCCCCAGACGCACCUUAAAUUUUAAUUUGUAAGGAUACAUAUGCAUCGUUGUUGAUGAUGUUACUGUUACUGUUAUUAUACCAAUACUAUUCCAUAUUGCUGCGCUAAGGCGUUGUUAAAGCUUUGACGAAUAAACAGAUUUUUUACGCUUUCA